UAAGAAACUUCAUAACAAUUCACCGUUCGAUUGCAAUAUCUGUGAGCGCUCUCAGGUGAAUCACUGUGGCAAAGUGUUUUCCUUGGACCGAAAAUAAAACAGUGCGGAAAUCCGUGGAAAUUUGGAAAAAUGAUAGUGUAAAGUGGGCGCCAGUGCUGUAUGUUAGGCUGUCGAAGACUGCGAGUGCUGGACAAAAUGUUUGGGAGGCUUUCCGAUGCGCUUCACACUGCUGCAGAUGUGCUGGCUCCGCCGCCAACGCCCCUGCAAGACUUCGAGUACCACUGGCGCAUCGUCAAGACGUUCUACUCGGUGAGCCAGGAUCUGCCCAAGGUGCACAUCAGCAACACGAAUGUUCCCGUCCACUUGGAGGAGAUGCUGCAGAUCCUGGUGAGGGAGCAGAGCGCCGAGGCGGCGGGUCUUAUGGCGGGUCCUAGGGAGUGUAUGGACCACUUGCUGACCACGAAUCCCUUGGAAUUUUUGGUGGAGAAGUCAGUCUCGGACACUCCGCCAGGAAUAAGAAUGCACACAAUCUCCUGGCUCAGGAGGUUUCUUUCUUGUCUGGAGAAUCCGCCCAUAUCGCAUGGUAGCAUUUUUCAACCGGUGCAGAAGCUCCUGUCGCUGUGCCAGGGCAACGGGUCACCAUAUGAGAAGGAAGAGAUCCUCUUCCUCACCACAGUGGCCGCUGUGGUGCGCAGGAAUCCGUGGCAUGUGAAUCUGUUCCUGCCAUCGCAUCAGCAUUUACUUCCCCUCACGUCAACCCUCAGCGGGAUGGCGCCCGCGAAGCCCCCAACGGGAAACCCCCUCUUCGAUUGCUCCAAAGAAAAGGCGAAGAGGAUUUCCUUCGUGCCAGACAUCAAUGCGCCCUCGUCAAGUGACGAUCAGGCCAGCCAGCAGGAUCCUACGAUCUGUGAUAUCAACUGUAGUCAACGGGACAGCGUGUCCAGUGGAAAGAUAGCCUUUGGCUGUGAUUGUGACGAGAAGGAGGACCGUUUCACCCUCUUGGAUUCGAUUGUUCUGUACUUGGAUAGUCCGGAUCACACCAUUGUCGUGCGAGCUGGCGAAGCUGCGCUCAUUCUCACGUCUCUGCCGACAAUUGACCUCUCUUGUGGGGCCAUGAAGAGCAGUCUGGACACUUUUGGGGACUUUCUCAUGGAGAGAGUGUGGCACUUCUGCCGCAGGAUCCCUGAAGAUAUGAAUCCCGAGGAUAUUGAGGACGUCAACGUGUCCUGGGGAUUGACGCUUCGCGACUCUGAUGUGCCGGAGUUCAUCGGGCGUCCUCAGCUGGUGGAAUUCCUCGCGUGGCUCGACUAUGCCGACUGCGUGGCGAAGGAGUGUGAAAAUCUCCAUCCGAACAUGAGUGAAAAGUUCAGAAGUCUGAUACUGGAAAACGCCAUUGAGCCUUACCUGCUGGACGCGAAUGCUGCAUUCACGCUCCUCCUGACUGCCAAAAUAGUGCGCCAAAUUCACUCUGCGGCGUUCAUGAAUGAGAUCGCCACGUGGCUUGUCGCUGAGGAGAACAUCUCAGCGAUUGUGGGCGGAGAUUGCCUGCUGACGAUUCUCAUUGAGAAUUGCCAGUACAACACUCCGCUUGUGUUCCACACGCUUCUCUUCGUCGAGGCCUUACUGGAGAAUCCCAAUGAGCGAAUCCUUCACGGGCUGCUCUUCUGCUACCUCAACCGUCGCGGCUAUUGCGAUCCUUCAGCGCAGGUCACGCAGACGUGGUCUGACGAGGAGGAUGAGCGCCACAGGAGGCGAGGAAGUGCCACAAUUGCCGUGAAAUCUCGCACUCUGGCGCCCAGUAACAUCAUGAAGAUCAUUAACAACUUCCUCCUCCUCCUGCCCAAGCAGAUGCUCAACGAGAGCGUGGGCACGUGCUACGAGGAGUAUAUGAAGGACGCCAAUCAACACUACAGGACGUGGAUCAAGAAGACAGAGCACUUCAAUUGGCCAGUAGAAGCUGUCUUCCCGGAGAAGGAUGAUCUCACACCCGAGUGCGUUUCCCCCAUUUCCGGGGCUAUUGUUCCCAGUCGAGGACCAAAGAGGGAAUCCCAGUGCAACGACAGUGGCAUUUCCGAGGAGAUCUUCAGCGAAGGGCCGCUGCUGAAGCUCCUCUUCAGGCACAUCCGCAACAUGGCCAAUCAGCCGUAUGAGUUCAAUCUCGGUGUGAUUGCUGUGAUGUCGAAACUGGCUCUGCUGCCGCAUCCUUACCUGCACGAGAUCCUGCUGAAUCCGGAAAUCGCCGUGACGCCAGGCGCUUCGACGCUGUGGACUGUGCUUCAGGACGUGGCUAAGCAACUGCUCAUGGAGAUUCCGCGAAUCGAGGGCUUUCAGCAGAAGAUAGCGGAGACUGAAGAGCGACUCCUGACCAAUCCUCCACUCAUCAGUGAACCGUCUGACAAGAAUGAGACACUCUUCGAGGCCAUUGUCGUGCUGAAGGAGUUCUGCAAGGAAUUAGCUGCAAUCGCCUUCGUCAAGUACAAUAGAUCCACUGAAUAG